AAUCAAUUACAUACAGUACCUAUUACCUGAGGUAUAACUAAGCAGAGAUGUUCUUACUCAAGAUUACAGCGAUAUUUGGACUCACAUUCGGAUGCGUGUGGGGUGCGUGUUUUCCUGGGUACGAAUCUCUUGGGGAAUUCUGCUACGCCAUUCCGCACGUUAGAGCUUCAUGGGCCGAAGCAGAGCAAUAUUGUCAGAACCUGGGUGGACACCUUGCCGUGAUUCGCGACGCCACACAGGAGGCCCUUGUUGAUGGCUACAUACAUAGACAGCACGCCCUGAUCAAGACGGCUCAGCUAUGGAUUGGGGGAACGGACCUACUCCAGGAGGGUGUGUUCUUGGCCCCCGUGUCGCUGGAGCCCCUAACAUACUUUAACUGGGCCCCCUCAGAACCGGAUAACCUGAGUGGCCAGCAUUGCCUAGCAAUCUUCAGAGACAGCGCCCAACUUCAGUGGGACGACAACGGCUGUGAGGUGCAAAACUACCCACUCUGCAUGGCAGAACAAGGUGACCCAGUUGUGAUCGGAUAGCCACUGCCAGUUCAUAUGACCCUAAAUAUGUAUGUGUAAAUAUACAAGAAUAAAGAUUAUUUCAAUA